CAUUAGUCCGGGGAUUAUUUUAUUUACAGAACAAAAUCACGGUGUAAUUUGACCAGGUUAAAGAUCAUUUCUGGUGAAGUAUUUUUGGAUAUCAAACUUCUUUGACCCUGUACGAGCACAAACUUCUGAGUUUACGUGUCGUUUACUUUUCAGGAGAAAAUGGCAUUAAUAUACAUACAGAAUAGAUUCAGACUUGAUUCAUUUGAGCAUCCAAAAAAGAAAAACUUCUAUAACCUACACCUUGUCCUGAUUAACUGCUGUGAACUGAAUGUUUGCAUUUCCCUGGUAAUUUACACUCACAUUUUAUGAGAUUUGUCACAGUGAUAACAGUCCUUUGUUUUCACAAGUGUAUGUUACAUUAUACAUCUUUGUUCUUCGUUUGUAUUUUUUUUUAAUUAAUUAAUUAAUCGUAAUGAAAAUUGUUAUUGCGUUUCAGGUUUUUCACUUUUCCCGUUCAUCAUUAAUGUUUUUUAGGCCACUGUUGUUUAAAUAAUUAAAAAUAAACAGGCAAAAAGUUCAAACAUUCAUGUCCAUGAAAUUGAAGUAUUUUAUCUAAAUCAUGCCAAAGAAACUGAAUAGCUUCUUCACAUGUUUAUGGGUCCACCACUCCCCCCGUGUCACAGACACAGUGAAAGCUAAAACCCAGCUUGAAGAUCAUGUCCAUUCUUCCAGGUUUGGUCUAUUGUGUGCACAGAAACUAGGUCGUCAUAAUAUUUCUCCCCAGAAGCACUCAGUCCAGAUCUGGACUUGUUUUCAUGCUCGGUGUGUGACAAUAAGGAUGGCCAGUCUUAUUUCUCUGAAGUUAAGGAACUUUAUGGUCAUUUAUUUUACCCGUCUACUUUUUAUACUUCUUCUUGGAACUGCAUUUGUUUGUUCAACUGGUCAGUUUGAGACAUGGUCUCAUACCGACUCCGGGUCAUCUGUGGGACAUCCUCUGCAUCAGCCCUUCAUCGCAGGUAGACCUAACCUGACAGAAAAUAACGUCCAGAGAAGAAGAAGAAGAAGCACAGAUACUACCCCCGGCACUUUACCUCUGAACAUUCUGACCUCAGAUCAUCUCUCAGUUCUCAGGACUCUGGUAUCAGACAAGAAGAUCACAGUUCGAUUAGGUCUUCAUGUGUCUCUCACUGGUCCGAGUGAAAUGAUGGACCCUCAGUUCCUGCUUUCCCUGGGCAAAGAGCCGGCAAUCUACAACACAGGGGGGAAGACUGGAAUCUUCUCCAUGAGAGUGCUGGAAGUGAAGAGGGUGGGCUCUGCACCCUGAGAUUUCAUCAUCCAUGGUCGAAACUGUAAUAAUAACAAAA